AAGCAGGCCCAAAUGUUUGCACCUACUUCGUAGCCGAUACAUAUAAACUCCUCACAGCAACCGCCACUCCCACCAGCGCGGCGCGUACACCCUAAUCCUGAAGUCCACGCGCCACCUCUUGAACUCAAAACACCAUGAAGAGAGGCCACCGCCCCCAACCGCCUCCGGAGCCUUCUUCCUCACGCGCUGCCACUGUGACCAAGCGUAAGCACCAUUGUCUUCAGCAGGAGCAAUCCCGUAGUAGUAAGAGUAAUAGUAAUAGCCGCCACGCGAAGAGGUGCAGAACGAGAAUUGUCUCGGAAUCAGAAACCCUAACCGUAGUACCCGACCCGCCUCGGACCUUACCCGCUUCUAACCGGUUCGAACGCUUGCAUUCUUCGUCAACACCGCGUGGGAAGCAAAGACACAAAAAAUCGAGCGCUAGAGAUUGUAAUAACCGCCAAUGGGUUUCCUCUUCUUGCGAUACUUCUAACUGCGAAGAUAAAGUUGUCGUCGUUUCAUAUAAUAUACUAGGUGUUGAAAAUGCAUUAAAGCAUCCGGAUUUGUAUUAUAAAGUCCCUUGCAAAUUUUUAGAUUGGGACCGACGAAAAAUCCUCAUAUGUGAGGAGAUCAAUCAUUACAAUGCAAGCAUUCUGUGUUUCCAGGAGGUUGAUCGUUUUGAUGAUUUAGAUAAUCUUUUUCAAAAUAAUGGCUUUAAAGGUGUUUACAAGGCUCGAACUGGUGAAGCAUAUGAUGGGUGUGCUAUAUUUUGGAAAGACAAACUAUUUACCCUUUUGCAUCAAGAAAAUAUAGAGUUCAGGAGUUUUGCCCUUCGUGACAAUGUUGCUCAACUUUGUGUUUUGGAGAUGAUCCAAAAUCAAUCAGAGUCUGAAUUGUAUACCGAAAGAUCCAUGUCUCCACCAACUCUAAGUCGAAGAUUACUGGUUGGAAAUAUACAUGUACUCUUCAACCCAAACCGUGGAGACAUCAAGCUAGGCCAGGUUCGAAUCUUUCUUGAAAGAGCGUACGAGCUAUCACAAGAAUGGGGUGACAUCCCAGUAGUAAUUGGUGGGGAUCUAAAUAGUCUUCCUCAGAGUGCAAUUUAUCAGUUUGUGGCUUCAUCAAAGUUAGACAUCCACCUACAUGACCGCAGAAAAAUUUCAGGGCAGCUUGAAUAUCCAUCUCAAUGCAGAGGCAGAUUUCAGAAUCAGAAUCCGGCCAGAUACAAUGUUUUGAAGUCUAUCUCAAGGUCACUGUUGUAUAGAUGGAGUGAUGAAGAACGAAGGCUUGCAACAGGUAGUGGAGGAGCCACCCAUGUUCAACACCAAUUAAAGCUUUCCAGUGCAUAUCAUGGUGUUCCCGGGAGCUGUAGAACGAGAGAUAAUCAUGGGGAACCCUUGGCAACAUCAUACCACUCUAAGUUUAUGGGAACUGUUGAUUAUAUCUGGCAUACAGAUGAACUUGUUCCUGUGAGAGCUCUCGAGACCUUACCCAUUGAUAUUUUAAGAAGAAGUGGAGGGCUCCCAAGUAAGAAAUGGGGCAGCGAUCAUCUCGCGCUUGUAUGCGAACUGGCUUUUGCAGAUGACAUCAAAGGGAUCUGAAUACUGGGGAGUGUACAUUCUAGAAAAGCCUUGGUUUCUUCUUGGAGUUCCAAAGGCUUUGAGGAGGUUUCUUCGCCUUGUUUGUGGUAUAGUAUUCAUUAGGCAUCAUUCAUUUGGUCCUGCAAAGAUGGGCGGGACACUCCUUUGUCUUACUUACUGGGAGUAUUAUGCAGAAACAGCUUCACUAGUUUAGAAGCAUCCCAAUAGAUCUGAAUGAUUUGCAUUCUGAUAGAAAAUCACUGCAACAAUAAAUAAAUCCGUGCUUGGUGUAGGUUUUUUUACUGCACCUAAGCGAAAUUAUUGUUAUUAUUAUUAUUAUUUGAAUUA